AUGUCCUUCCCCCAGCUGGGCUACCCGCAGUAUCUCAGCGCCAGCCAGGCGGUGUACGGGAGCGACCGGCCCGGGGUCCUGGCUGCCGCCGCCGCAGCCGCCGCCGCCGCCGCUGCCGCCUCGGGCCGGCCCGCGGGCGCCGAGCUGGGCAGCGGCUCGGCCGCUGUCACCUCGGUGCUGGGCAUGUACGCUAGUCCCUACAGCGCCCCCAACUACAGCGCCUUCCUGCCCUACACCGCAGACCUCGGCCUUUUCUCCCAGAUGGGUUCCCAGUACGAGCUGAAAGAUAAUCCGGGUGUCCACCCUGCUACUUUUGCUGCCCACACUGCCCCCGGCUAUUAUCCCUAUGGACAGUUCCAAUACGGGGACCCGGGACGGCCCAAAAAUGCCACUCGGGAGAGCACCAGCACCCUCAAGGCCUGGCUCAACGAGCACCGCAAGAACCCUUACCCCACCAAGGGCGAGAAGAUCAUGCUGGCCAUCAUCACCAAGAUGACCCUCACCCAGGUCUCCACCUGGUUUGCCAACGCCCGCCGGCGGCUCAAGAAGGAGAACAAGGUGACCUGGGGCUCCAGGAGUAAGGACCAAGAAGAUGCAAACCUCUUCGGGAGUGACAAUGAGGGGGACCCCGAGAAGAACGAAGAUGAUGAGGAAAUUGACCUGGAGAGCAUAGAUAUAGAUAAAAUCGAUGAGAACGAUGGGGAGCAGAGCAAUGAGGAAGAGGAGGAGAAGCCUGAGCUCCUGAGACAAAGCAGUGAAGAGGAGCACUUGGAAAAGGAAAAGGAUUUGGCACUGUCAGGGUCUGAAGGGCUGAAACCCAAAGAUGCACUGGCCAUGGUGAAGGAAGCCUCGGACAACAGCACCAGAAUUAUCAGUCCCGGGGGACCGAACAAUUUACAGAUGCCAUCUCACAGCAAACCCAAGAUUUGGUCUUUGGCAGAGACAGCAACCAGUCCUGAUGGUGCCCUGAAAUCUUCUCCUCCUCCACCCCCUCCUCCCCAGGUUAACCACACUUCUCCUCAGAUCCAGCACCCUGCUUUUCUCCCUAGCCAUGGACUGUACACAUGUCAGAUUGGCAAAUUUCACAACUGGACAAAUGGGGCGUUCCUCACUCAGAGUUCCCUGCUAAACGUGAGGUCUUUUUUGGGAGUAAAUCACCACCAUGCUGCUCAUCACAAUCACCACCUCCAGGCCCAGCAACCAUCUUCUGUUUUAACAGCAACCCUGGGAACCCUAAGCAGUGAAAAACCUUCAGAGAGGACCAGUCCCAAACACAUAGAAAGAGAAAAUGUACCAAGAACUGACUCCCCACCCCAGCCGCUAAAAUCGCCCUUCCAGCCCGUCCGUGACAACUCUUUGGCUCAGCAAGAGGGAACACCGAGAAUUUUAACAGCUCUCCCUUCUGCUUGAUUAAAUGAUUUGGUGAAAAAAUAUUACAGAGACUGGUAUUAAGGACAGAGAAAAAAAAAA